CCGGGCUCCUCUCGGCGGCGCCGCGCACCCGUCCGUCCGUGGGGCGGUACGCGGCGGCGGCAGCGGCGGUGGCGGUGGCGACUCCGUGUCGCCGGAGCCGAAGAGCGCAGGCCCGUCCCGGCGGCCGGGGGCGGGCAGGGUAGGGGCGCCAUGUGGUUCAUGUACGUGCUGAGCUGGCUGUCGCUCUUCAUCCAAGUGGGCUUCAUCACGCUGGCCGUCGCCGCUGGACUCUACUACCUGGCAGAACUGAUAGAGGAGUACACAAUGGCCACCAGCAGAAUCAUAAAAUACAUGAUCUGGUUCUCCACGGCCGUGCUGAUCGGCCUCUACGUCUUUGAGCGCUUUCCUACCAGCAUGAUUGGCGUGGGCCUCUUCACCAACCUCGUCUACUUCGGCCUCCUGCAGACCUUCCCCUUCAUCAUGCUGACCUCGCCUAACUUCAUCCUGUCGUGUGGACUAGUGGUGGUGAACCAUUAUUUAGCAUUUCAGUAUUUUGCAGAAGAAUAUUAUCCUUUCUCAGAGGUCCUGGCCUAUUUCACUUUCUGCCUGUGGAUAAUCCCGUUCGCGUUCUUUGUGUCGCUCUCGGCUGGAGAGAAUGUCCUGCCCUCCACCAUGCAGCCAGGAGAUGACGUGGUCUCCAAUUACUUCACCAAAGGCAAGCGGGGAAAACGCUUAGGGAUCCUGGUUGUCUUCUCCUUCAUCAAAGAGGCCAUUCUACCCAGUCGUCAGAAGAUAUACUGACCCCCUUGGGGAGGGAACGUGGGGGCAAGAUCAGAAGUCGGGCCCCUGGGCCUCUGUGCUAGGUAGGGGCCAGGAGCCUGGAAGACACCUUCCACCAGCCCUGGCUUCCCUCCCCUUGGUCCUGAAGCCCCAUCCUCACCCUCCUUGGGGGCUCAGCUUGGCUCGGAUCUUAUUGCCAGGGGCUGUAACCUCAGAAGCCACCAGGGAGGUGGCAAAGCCUGCUUAGACAGGUGGCCUAGUUCCUCAGCCUCCUCUCCCCUUCCUGAGGUGGGUUGGGAGGUUCAGGCUCAGCCAGGGGUGGCAGGGCAGGGUCCUGAAGCUGGAGAACAGCCGGUGAAAAGUUCCCUGGGCAGAUGACUAUAGGGAGGGGACGUAGCUUGGCACUUCCAAGAGAAAUGGUUUUUGCUAUUGAACUGUGAUUUUUGUCCCAUUGCUGAUUCCCAUUUGAAUAAAGAUUCUAGGUGGCACUGUUUGCCUUAAUAUCCCAAAAGUUGAUCUUCCUGCUAACUUUCUGCCUGGACUGGACUAGCUUUCUGCUCCAAGGACUCCUCUCCUAGGUCUGGGUCUUGCCUUUCUCAAGGGACUCUUGUCGUCCUUAGAGGGAGGGGGCAGAGAUGAGGAGCAGAGCCAGGGUGGGCAAGAGGGCAGGGGCCAGCAGCGGCCUUUCUUAUACACCUCCCUCUUCCGUCUCUUCCCCCAAGGCUCUGUGCCUGUCAAGCUGGGAGGAGGAGAAGAGACAGUGUAGGAUUGGGUUAGAUUUUCAGAACAUCCACAGUAUUCUAUUUAUAAGUCUUCCUCUGAGGAAAAGGAGUACUUUCUGGCUGAAAUUCUAUCUCAGGCUUAAAAAAAAUAGCUUCUAGGCAGCCUGGGUCUAGACAGAUUUUUUAAGAAAUGAGGUUGGUGGGAGAGGCUAUUUGUCACUCUUAAGAGCACACAAGGUCUGGUACUCUUCUGUGUGCUCCUGGCUCCUGGGGAGAUGAUCUCUGCCUUCCAAGAAGGCAGGCCAGGGCUCAGGCACAGACCAGCAUGUGUUGGCCUUGCACUCCAACUCCAGUGCCUUGCAAGUGCUCAGCAGUACAUAUUGGAAUGAAGUCCCCACGAGAGCCCUCACUGGCCACGUCCUGUACCUCACAGUGAGGCUGGCAGGUGCAGGAUGCACUGUACACCGGUGGCACCUUGUAGUCACUGGGAAGACCGCUGUGCUCGAACAUCUUUAUAUGAUGCCUGAAAUCCCAUCGUAUCCCUUUAUUUCCUUGGCUUUAGCAUUUCUGUUGUCAUCAGAGUACCAGCUUUCCCUGGGAGGACUAGCACAUUUGGUCUUUGGAUGCAAGUAAGAUUACCAGGCCCUUUUUUGCUAUGCGGACCAAGUAGAGGACAUGAGGCCAGAGUCCUCACCAAUGGACUGGCAGCUGGGCCUACUCUCCCUUGCCAUUGACUUUGUUCUUCACUGCGAUGAGGUGGCUUUACUUCCUCUGUUCACUCUGCUGCUGGUCAGGGCUCUCCCAGGGAUGGCCAGGGCCCUUCAUAGGUGAAGUCCAGCAGAUUCUCCAGACUAUAUCCUCCUGGAGCUCAGCAGCAGCUGACAUGCUUACCCCUUUGCUUCUUGAGUUGUGCUUCCCCGGCUCUUCUGUGGCUGGCUGCCUGUCUCUCUGGCUGCUCCUUUCCGUCUCCUUUUCUUAGGUUUCUGUGCUUGCUGCAUGCACACUGUGCUCCCUGGGCCUAUCAGUGCUGGUGGCUUCAGGGACUCCACUGAGGAACCGAGUGUCGCCCACAGUCGCAGCAUCCCUCCUGACCCUUUGGGUCACAGCUCUGCUGCCUGCCGGGUCCAUAGACAGCCCAGAUUCAUGGUACCCUUUGCUGUCCUCUGCAGACCUGCCUCCCCUUUUGGGUGCCUGCCGAGGCCCCUGCACCACUCAGGAGACAGGAAGCUUGCUCUCAAGUUUCUGCUUUCUCUUUUUACCCCCACAUCUGAUCUCUAAAAACCAUUAAAUCCAUUUUCUUGACAUCUCUGAGUUUGAGCCACCCUCAUUAUCGUCAAGUUUUUCCUGGUUGGUUAUGAUAGCCCCCUGCUGCUUCUCUAUCUUGUAGCCAGCCAGAGUUGUCUUUCCAAAUGCACAAUUGAUCAAAUUGCUCCCUGGCCUAAAACCUUCCAUAGCUCCCUACUGCCUUGGGGAUGAAGUCCAGACCCCUUAGCAUGUGAGUCUCCUGAUGGCCUGUUCCCUUCUCACCUCUGGUCUCAUCCCCUUGCACUCAGGCCUCGUCUCCCGCAGGCAGAGACACUGUGGCUUGCGCUCACCAUUUCCAUUCCCCUUUCUUUCACUCACUUUGUACUUUCUCUGCCAAGUCUCUCCUUGGAUUUUACUUCCUCCAAGGAGUUCUGAACGUUCCCUGUCCUUCCCUAGCCCCAGCAUAAUACACAGAUCAUUUUGGGCUUACUUGCCUGCUUUAUAAUCUCUCUCCCCCCUAGACUGUAAGCUCUUUGAGGGCAGGGACUGUCCUUGAAUUUUUGUAUCAACAGUGCUGGUUUGGCACCUGGCACAUGGAAAGCACUCAAUAAACAUUUGUUUAAUGAA